AUGAAACCAGUCAUUUCUCUUCCAGACGCGUAUGACAGAGUAUGCUGUUGCCUAGCCUGGAAAGCUGAUGCAGUGGUCGUAAGUGUAGGGUACCGGCUAGCACCCGAGUACCUUUAUCCGACGCAGUUUGAGGAUUGCACCACCGCUGCGGAAUACUUUAUGAAGAAUGUAGAAAACUAUGGGGUCAGUCCUGCUCACAUUGUGAUUUGUGGGGAGAGCAUCGGAGGAACGGUCGCCGCCUCCCUUGUCCAAAAGCUGACGAAGAGAACGGACCUCCCCAAAGUGCAGGCUCAGGUGUUGAUUGCCCCUUUCCUCCAAGGUGUCAAUUUUAAUUUACUUUCUUACCAGCAAAACCGCUGGGUCCCUUUUAUCGGCCAAGCAGAUUUUCUAUAUUGCAUUUUCCUAUACAUUACUAAGAACAUGUCAAUCGUUGACUUUGCCUUGGAAGAAACUCAUAUCCCGGAGGAGAGAAGGAAGGAAUACGAGGAAUGGCUGAAUCCAAACCAUGUUCCCAAGGAAAUAAAAAUGAGAGGUGAUUACACCGAACACCAGAUAUCCCUUAACCCCAUGGACCAUGUCUAUUCCUUGAUGGAAGCGAUCACGGGACCAACUCUGGCUCCACUUUUGUCUGAAGAUGAUGUCAUUCAGCAGCUCCCCAAGACUUUCAUUUUAACCUGUGAAUUUGAUGUCCUAAGAGACGAUGGCCUUUUGUACAAGAAACGUUUAGAGAACAAUGGUGUUCCCGUCUCCUGGUGCCACUUGAAAGAUGGCUUCCAUGGCGUGUUUCUUCUUUACAAGCGCUGGUUUCUAAAUUUUACCUUCUGCCAAAGAGGUUUAGACAGCGUCGUGGAGUAUGUCAAAAGCUUAUAA